UUGCUAGAAGAUGGUAAUUGUUUAGACCUAAUAAGAUGCCCAACCGGCUCAUUUUUGUCUAGAUUGCUAGAAGAUGGAAGGAAAGGGAAAGGGACUAGUAAAUCCAAAGAAAAGAGGAAGAGAUUUGAAAAAGUAUUUUGAAGUGCUUGGUAGUGGCAGCAGCUCACAAACAAAUCCAAGCACCCGCGAAAGUGUCAAUAUUUCAGCAAAUGUCAAUCAUCAAGAUCAAGUGACUUCCAUGGAAGAAGAGCAUGAAAAUUUGAUGCCAACCGAACAAGUGGAAGAACAAACUACCGAUUCCGUCGAAGCUAUAGUGGAAGAGAAUGUUGAAGUUCACGGGGUUGAAGGUAUAACUAUUUUUAGUGAAGAUUACAUAAAUGGUGAUCCAGGCCUUCGCAUUCCACUUGAUAGUUUUGCCCCCAACAUUAGAGAUGAUGUUAGAUUUACUUAUAUCCGAAUGGGUGCAACUCAACCAACUAGUUGCACUUUCCUCCCAAAUAGAGAUGGAAGAUGCUUCCGGCCACAAUGGUAUAAGGAUUUUGAGUGGUUGGAAUAUAGUGUGGAUAAGCAUAAGGCAUAUUGCUUCUAUUGUUAUCUUUUUAAGCAUGACCGAAUGGAUGAUAAAUUUGGGCAUGAUGUUUUCUCCAAAUUGGGUUUUGACUGUUGGAAAAAUGCGGUUGCAACAUUCCGUAAACAUUUAUCUAGCAUUGCAAGGUGA